CCCGCACCUACAGAGAUGACUUCCACGCCGCCGUACUAGAGUGUCUCAUGCGCCGGUACAACUUUGAGCAAAUUGCCCUUGAUAUGGCUCUCCGAAAGUUCCUAUACUCGUUCAUGCUGCCGCCCGAGUCACAGGAGAUUGAUCGAAUCUUGAUGGCCUUUGCUCGGCGGUACUUUGAAACCAAUCCACGAAUUCUCGACAGCGCAGAAACUAUCCACAUUAUAUCAUUUGCACUGGUCCUCUUGAACUCGGACCUACACAACCCCGCCCACCGGAACAAAAUGCGCAUACAGGAUUUUAUCGACAACACGAAGUGCGCCUGCCCAGACUCCUCUGUGAUACCCACUGACAUUCUGGAGCUGUUCUACGAAAACAUCAAGCACCAGUCCUUCCAGUACAUGGUCGAUGAUGUUGAUCCCGUCGAUGGAGGCGUGCUGAUCAAGAAAAACAAGAAAAAGAUCAGCGGCGUCAAAGUCGAUCAAGCAAAGAGCUGGCUCUCCAUCUUCCAUGGCGAUGAAACCAAGAGCAAUCAGGUUGGGCCCGACCGGCCAGUUCCUACCAUGGCCGAGGCCUACAGAGGCCUGCAGACAGACAUCAUGGCUGUGUCAUUCGAGUACCCCAUUAAUCCCAGCAAACAGCUCGAGAAGCCUUUCUUCAAAGCCCUUGGGCGCAAUCUUUCCGUUUCAGCCAGCAGCAGCGAAUGCGGCUCUUCGCCGAUGGGGACAACCUCGUCGUCACAUGCGUCGUGUCGCAUAUCAUCGAGUCCAUUGUCACAGAGCUCGACGCGUCGGAUAUCGGCUGGAUCGUCGGUCUCCAGCGUUGUUGCUGGAAAGCAAGGCCAGACCUCACCUGUCACUGCCUCGGCCCCAGCGCCAGCAGCUGCUGGCCAUACUGGUAGCAACGAACGCCUUGCCGUUGCCCUGUUGCGGCACUCUCGCGACGGGAUCCUACAUCGCAAGAAGGACUGGAAGGAUUUUAGCACGAAGCAUACCUCUCGCGUCUGGGUCAAGUUCUGGGCCGUCUUGAGUGGUAGCCAGUUGAUUUUGUUCCGAAACUGGGAGUGGUUCGUGAAGCGAAGGAAUGCCGGCCUGAGUCUCUACGGCGAAGACGCGGAUAGCCAGAACGCCCCAAAGGCAUCGUCGAUCUAUGGCUCCGACAACGCCGUUUGUUUGUUCGACCCGACUUAUAAGAAUCGCCGAUUCGUCUUUCGGUUCAACCUCUCGAGCGGUGCACAGUACCUGUUACAGGCUGAGAGCGACGAAGCGGCUCAUGACUGGGUCGAAAAAAUCAACAUGGCCGCCACCUUCAAAACUGCUGGGGUAAGAUCGCGAGUACAGCUCACGAGGCAGAUGGCCAUGAACGUGCAACAGCAACAGCAACAGCAACAGCAGCAGCAGCAGCGACAGUCAAGUCAGACACAAAUGUCCCAAGUGCGGACGCCAAACGUCGGUCUGGAAGACGAAAAAGACACGAACGAAAUGGCCGACGCAGAAGGAAGAGCGGCUGUUAUCCAGAUGAAACUCGAAGAGAUCAACAAUACAUCGUCAGGCCUGGAGAAGCAGCUUCUCAAUGAGAUCCGCAUUCAAGAUCACCUCAGCAUUCUUCAGCCCCUCUCAAAGCAAGCCAAGUCCAGGGUCGAGCAGGCAAUCACAAAAAACUUGGAGAGUCUCAAAAAAACCAAGAUGGGCUGCGAGCGGUUGCGCUGCUACAGACAUUUCCUCGUCGCGGAUCUCGAAGCACAGGGCUUUGAGGUCCUCGAGGGGUCGCCCGUCGGCCCGUCAUAGCCCCUCCUCCACCGCCUUGUGAGCGGAGCCCAACUUGGCACUUGCGCAUGGUCGAUCGCCACAGGAGGCCGGCCAGGUGUAUUGAGCGUCUAGUUGUACAGGACAAGGCCACAACGAUUGCCCGAGCCAAUCCUACAGUCAAGACCAUACAGUCCGCGAGCUGGAUCAAAGUACAGGUUCGCCCU